AUGCAAUGGAGGAGGAACCCGGGAGGCCUAGGCGGCCGGCUGGGAGCCGAUGUGCCUGGAUACGGUGGGUAUAUACCCGGAAAGUACAGUGACAACGUAUUCGGGCAAGUGUUUGCCCAAGCCAAUAGAAAAGCCCGGACAAUCAAGUUACAACAGGCUAUGGAGAGGAACGAGGCUCAGCAGAGGCUUAUGAAUGGAUAA